AUGCUUUGCAAACUUACUUCCUUCUCCUUUUCCAAGAUGGCGGCGUCUCCAGCAAUUUCGAUGUACCGUCUGCCGCCUUACUAUGAGACUACAUCAGUUCCGCUUCCUAAAUGCAUGUAUACCUUACCGUCCUACGUUCAAACAAGUUCAGAGAUGGUGGUGAGUCAUGUUAGUUUAUUUAUCUAUCGACAAUUUUUGUUCUAGACUGUUUUUCAGUUGUCACGUGUACUGCCAUUCAAUGUGUAUCGCGGUGACUUUAAUUUCUUUUAAGGAACCCCGAUCACCGCAAUCACCACCGAGUCUUAACAGCUUAGAAGCAAGACAAGAAAAUAUUCUUUGUGAACUGAAUGGGCUUAGAGCUGAAGUUGAAGAAAUGGCCUCUCACAUUGGAGUGUCUCUUCCGCAACCGAGAGUGAAAGUGAGAAGACACUUACCUUAAUUUUUUAUCUUUAUAUUAAACAUAUAACAUCAUAUCUAAAUGAGAAUAUCUUUUAAAAAGGUAAAGAGGCCUAAUUUAGGUUGUAAUAGUCAUCAUGUGACUAACAAACCUAACAAACCACCUGCAGUCAAUGGUGAAGCAGUCACUCAUUUUACCCCCUCUCUCCAUCAGGGCUACAAUCCCAGACAUAAUUUGUUGAAACACAUCCGGAAAACACAAGAUUAACUAAAUCUUUUGAUGAAAACACAUAUUUUUGUCCUCUUUUCCCCCCAGUGUUGGCAUAAACGUCCUUGAAAAUCAACAUUUAAGGGGAAGCUAAAAAUAUAAGCAUUUAAACAGUGACUGAGAAGCAGGGCUUCUGAUAUCGUGAAAUUCAGGUAAAUCCACGAAAUUCACAAAAACAUGCAAAUUGCCACAAAAUUCACUAGAAAUCUUAUCGAAUACAUGUCUGUACAACAUAUUUGAAACUUAUCCCAGCUACAGGGGCUGUUUACUUGCUGUAAAUGUGCGAAUUUAUCUUGAAACUUUGUAAAUGAAACAAGUAAAUAACGUCCUGAAACUACCAGGCAUAGAUUGUUUUUGCCAAAAACUGGGCACUAGCCAUUACCUUACAGUCAAACCGGAAAAACCGUGAACAUUCAUACAUACGUACAACUUUAUGUAAACUCAGUAAAACUAGAAAUACGUAAAUCGCAGGACCUCGUGAAGGACUUGCGGGGGGACGGCAAGUAAAGCGGAGAAGAAAAUUUGUCAAUCAAAAAUUGUGAGCUAUAAUAUAGAAACAUAACAAAACUGUUAUACCUAAAAUGAAAACUAAAUGAAAAGAAAAAGGACAAAAAAAAAAGAAAAGAAAAGAAAAGAAGCGAAGAGAAAAAGGUACCGCCCAGAUGCGAACUCGGGCCCUUCGGUGUACUGGGCGACAGCUGUACCACUAGGCCACGUGGAACACACACGGGAAAGCGUGGAAUUUUUACUAUUAAAACCUUUGAGCCUUAUUAAACAUGAGUUCAAAUAUAAUUUAUCAGAAGAAUGACUGCAGUUUGGACAGUGAAAACCCAAUGUAAAUGCAUUUCAUUGCAUUUAAAUGUGGAGAAUGGAAGCCCAACAGUCUAGGACGAUACGGUACAAACUCGUCUGCGAGCAAAACGUGUUUUGUUACCGCGAUGUUUGCUCCGAUGUUUGUAAGGCUAAUUAUCCAAAAUCGCUUCCACUUGCUCUUAAAGAACUUUAGCAUUUGAAAUUCAUUGAGUGAUGUUCUCUCUGCUCCGCUGUUUGUUGCUACCAUCUCCAUCCACCUUUGUUGCUGGCGCCGUUGAAUUUCAAGUCGGUGUUCUUCGCUCCAGAGGAUUUUUCGGUGUCAAAUCUUCCCCUGUGAGGAUUGACAAUUCGGCGUUCUUGUGUUUGCUGUUCUGUUUGCAUGACAAAUGGCUUGAGAUUCACCGAUAGUAAACAUUGUUUUGCAGACGAUGAAAACAGAGCUCUUCAUGAGUGCUUUGGUCAUUGAUGGGAAUUUGAGAUUGCUUUCAGUCGGAUGUUGCCUAGAAACAAAAAUGCAUCGUGACGUCAACUACUGUAUGACGUCAUGGCGGACACCAUCGGAUAUAUACAAAUAAAGAUGAAAACUGCGACUUUGCAGCUCGCUAGGACCCACGCGCGGUUCACACACUGCGUGCACGCUUCGCGCGCGACAAGAUUAUAAACUCACUUCGCUCGGCGCUCCGCGCCUCGUUUCGCGAGGAAUCAUUCAGUACUGUACAAAGUUACAAAUAGGUAUUUUCGUUAAAAAAUAUAUUUGGUGCACUUAACUUACUGUUUUACAAGAUUGCCGGGUGGGAAACCGAUGAUUGCAUCAGUCGAUUAAUUUCCCUUUUUAAUUGCCCCAUUGAUUUGAUGUUUCUAACUUAUUCUGGUAAAGAAUUCCAUGAUUGAGCCCCACUAUAGUUUAAGCUUCACUUUAGAUAAUUGGUGCAUGGCUUGGGCAAAGUUAGCUCACCGCUUGAGUUUCGUAGAUUGUAAUAUGAAGUUUGUUCAUUGAAUAAGUCCUGCAAGUACACUGGGGCUAGUUUAUGGAGGGACGUAAACAUCAUAACCGCCUGUUUUGCCUUCUUGCUGAGGGUGUAUCCCAUUUCAGCAUAUCUAGGACAACGCUAGAGCUUGUCUCAUAAUUUGCCUUAGCGAUCACCCUGGCUGCACAGUUUUGUGAUAAAUUUUUGUAAUUUAUCGCUUAAUUGGUUGCUUAACCCACCCCAGAUGGGACUACAAUAGUCGAGAUGGGGCUGGAUAAGGGCAUUAUAAUUUUGUAUACCUGUUGAUUGAGAGACAAAGGGCCUGAUAUGCUUUAGAGCAUCUAUUGCAGCAGGUAGCUUUUUACAUACUUCGUUAAAAUAAUUUGUCCAAGAUAUUCAGUCAUUGAUUGUGAGGCCUAACGACUUGGUAUGAUCCACUCUCUCAAUUCGAUGGUUCUCUAAUUCAACACAGAUUUCAUUAUUACUCUCAGCAAGUAGCCUCUGACAAGAGCCAAUAAUCAUAAAUUCAGUUUUCACUACACUAAGGCUAAGCUUAUUAGCUCUCAACCAGCAAUUAAGAUAAUUGCAAGUUCAAAGUUUAUCAGUGGUUGAAGAUCUGCAAGAGUGCGGCUAGGAAUGCUUAUAUUAGUGUCAUCUGCAAACAUUUUUUCACAGUAAGGCAGUUUGGCAGGUCAUUAAUAUAUUUUAGGAAAAGUAGCGGUCCAGUUAUACUGCCCUGUGGCACCCCAUGGCUGAUAUCCCUUGCAUUUGACAAAGCACCAUUAAGGUUACACCUUUGACUUCAGUUACUUAGAUGUGAGGUUAACCAACGGAGAGAGCGCUCAUCUCCUCUGUAGUUUGCAAGCUUACGCAAAAUAUUUUCAUCGUCAAUUGUGUCAAAAGCCUUUUUGCUAAGAUUGAUGAAAAGAUCGGAUUUAGUACCCUUUUUAAAGAUAGGAGUUACUUUUUUUAGCCACCUUCCAUUUGUUUGGGAAAAACUCGGUUUCAACAGAUCUCUUAAACAUGCUUGAUAGUGAGCUCCCAACAAUACCACUGGCAGUUUCAAUAACUUACAGGGAAUUUUGUCCAGCCCUGUGGCAUUCCUUUCGUUUAUUUUACUCAACAAUUUGCAAACUGUUGUAACGUUGGGGGCUUUUAGGGAAAAAACAUUGUGUGUGGGGUGAUGAUAAUACUCUGGUUUGGCAUUUGUUUUGGUUAUCUCCCUUGCCAGGUCAGGGCUUCUGCCAUUUCGGGUGGGAAUUUAUAACAUUAUCGUCAAUCUUAAUUUCGGGGAUGCUUAGAUUUUUUUCACUUUUUUUUUUGUACGAUGUUAGACAUGUAGCUCGUUUAUUAGAUCCCAUGUUUUGCACAGGUCCCCUUUGUUCACUUCCAGAUUAUCCUUGAAAUUCCAUGUUUAGCUACUCUAAUGGCAUUAUUUAUCUCAUUUUGUGCAUCCAUAUAUUGUUGCCAAGUCAUUUUUGACAAUUGCUUUUCUUUUUCAAAUUCCAGAAAUGUUUCUGGAAUGUUAUUGUCUUGCAAGAAAAAAAACAAUCAGACGUGAGAAAUUGAACUGCAAGCAAGAAUAUUAAUUAGUUUGUGGUUUUGUGGCUAGUCUGCAUGUCUUGAUCUUUUCUAUAAUUGGUCAUAACACAAUAAAUAUUCCUGAGAUAUUUCAAGUGUUCACGGUUUUCCCGGCAGCACUGUUAAGGCUUUGCCAUUGGUUCAUUUCUGGAGCGUAUUGUUGUUGAAAGAGCAAAUAAUGACCUCUGUUAAGAAAAUGUUAAAAACACUGGUUUGAUCACGACAAAACUGAUCGAUUUCUAGCAAAAUUUUCUGAUUACUUUUCAGCGAAGUUUGCUUCAAAAAUUCGAAUUAAAUCAGCAGAUUUUUCCAUGAGUUUGCUCCUUUGUAACUUUUUUCCACGACUUAUCAGAAGCCCUGAAGAAUGUAUCUCCCUUUCACGGGUAUUUAAAGCUACUUAAAGCUACAGGGUAAGAAGAAAAGAAAGGAUUUGAGGUUGCAAUACUAUUGCAAAUCCAACUCAGAACCUCUCGUACAGAAGGCUGUGCAGUAAACAUUUUUGCUAGUUCUUUCUCCUUUGUACUUUUAGACAGAUUUCCUAAGAUAUUCUCAUCUGUGGGAUGCAAUAAUAUGGAAUACAAUAUCUGCUUCUUUUUUAAGGCAAUUCCAAGCACCCAAGACUUUGUUUUAUCAGCUUCACCAGCAGACCCACCACUUAUCAUCUGCACCUUGCAGCAUAUCAUGAAGCAAAAAAAAUAUCCUCACUCUACAGCCAGCCAUGUUCACUCAUCUGUUCAAGGGCCAAUUCCUGAAUUUGUUAAAACACAUUUUCGGAACUUCACCUCAUUCGCUGAAGAAAUUGGCCGAGCAUCAGUAAUUUUAACAAUUGUUUGGAAAAAAGGUUGGUACUUGUAUUUAUUUAUUGGAGGCACAUGAUAAUAUUUAAUUUUAAUUAGGUAUAAGAGGAGUUUCUUGGUGUUGUGGAAACUAUUGUUGGUUAGCUAUUGUUGUAUGGUGUGGAACCUACCUUGAUAAGUGGCACACAUAAGCGACUGUUGGACACUCACACGACUGGAGCUAUGUAUACAGUAACUGGGUGAAAUGGGGGUAUUGUGGGUAACAGUUUUACAGUUAAAGUCAUUAUAGACUUUUCUGUUCAUACAUUUAACCUGGAGUUUCCAAAGGUGUGGGCAGUAAGACUCAAAGUAAAAAACCCUCCAUGGGGGAGGGUUGUCAGGUUUCUCUCUAGGAUUUGGGAGGGGCAAGGGUGCUCUGACUGUGAUUUUCACACAAAGCCUUCUAUAGCGUGUAUGAAAAUUAAGUGUGUGUGGGUGUUUGGAAUUAAUUGAUUUAGGGAGAUUUGGUGUCUAAAAUAAUUGACUGGACUUCUUCCACCAGAUUUCCAUCACUUUCCUGUCCCUUUUACACAGUGAAAAAAGAAUUCAGUUUCCUUUGAGAAGCUUUUUGUCGUCUUUUAACUGAGUACCUAACUCUAGAUGUCAGCAUUAGCUUCCGUUGGGUUAAUUCUUUGGAUUUGAAGCCAGGCAGCAACAAUUUUCCAGUAAAUUAAGCCAGGCGGCCUUCCAGCCUUACACUCCUAGGGAGAACACUGAGUCAUGGAUAAUUAUCUGAAAAGAAACAGUGCAUUGAAGUUGGGGGGUAUAGGGGUUAGUUUUCAAUGUUCGCUUCUGUUUUUGCUGCAUUUGUCCAUAAUUAUUUAUAAAAUAUGUGCUAAUUUAUGCUAAUAUCAGCAAAUUUCUAAGCACAGCAAUUUUGUUCCAUUUUUGUCAUUUUGUAAAUUAUUCAAAAAAUUAUGUCAGACUCAUGUCAGGCUGAACAUAUUGUGAGCCCCUAUCUACGUAGGUCGUACAACAAAAUCUCACUUGAAGAUGUUUACUAAAAACCUAUCUGUGCACUUUGCCAUGGUUGUUGUGGCUGCUAGCCAGCCCAGGACCGCGCGGUAGUGUAAUUUUCGCGCCCUUUUGGGGUCAGGUGACCAAGCCGUUAUUUUUAAGUUGCAUGAUCGUUAGCUCGGCGGUCAGAGAUUACUUCACUCGCUAGCUCAGCAAUGGAUUUUGGUUUUUCUGGACAAAUUUAUAAUAGGCUCACAAGUUUUAUGUCAACCUUGUCUACUUGUCAGUAAAACAACAGCCGUUUUUCAGUGUUAGAAUUCACCGCGUUUUGAGUUGUUGUCUCAAUGUGGUCACAGUUGUUAAAAAUCUGAAUAUAUCAAUCAGAUAAAGCAUAAUCCAUACUGUUUACAAGAUUAAUGAUAAAUUGUUGCAUUUCACACUGUGGAUACACUGUAAAUAAGAUCUUUUCAAAAAAAUAAACAAAAGGAAAAAUGGAGAGAACAGAAUAAAUCUUGCUGUUGAAUUUCUUUAUCUUAAUUUAGCUUGUUUUUCUUUUUAGAAAAAGGUCUGCCCUAUCUCGUUGCAUCACCCUGUUCUCACACUCCUCUGACAGGUGAAAUAACCAUUGCUCGCUUUCUUUGCCGUGUUCUCCUACCAGACUUGUAUGGAAACUUGUCACCUGAAGAGUCUGCAAGUGUUGAUAGCUGGAUUGACCAAUCAUUAGCAGGCAGUAAAGCUAGAACUGCUGCUAUAAAAAGUCUUGAGGCUAAGCUUGGAAAGCAACAGUGGAUUUUGGGAAGUAAAAUGAGCCUUGCUGAUGUUGUUCUAGCUUGCUGUAUUGUGAAGGAGAAUGGUGUUAAAUCUGUGUCCAGCAAUGUCAGCAAGUGGUUGAAAAGAAUUCCUGGCCUGAUCACAUGUUAAUACAGAGAUUUAGUAUCUCAUUUAAGGCAAAUGGUAAAUGUCCAACUGUGUCACUUGCCAAGUUUUGCAUUUACUUUCCAAUUACUGGGCAUUAUUUCUACACCAAAAUUAGCAGUUCACACUAGUUUAAUCCUUAAGAUUUUGUCAGGCAGUUUUAAUCAGUUUAUUUACUAAUUUACAGUUGUCAACUUUGCCAUUUGCCAUAAAUCUGAUUCUAAAUCUGUCCAAUAAUAUUCAGUAUUUAGUUAUUUAAGCGCUGAGUACCGUGCUUGGAUUUCUGAAAUUCAGCAGCCUGCAACAAUGAAUUGCAUCAUUUUCAUUUAAUAUUUUUGCAGUCAGUGACUGUGAUCCCUGUCAAGAUGUGCUGAUGCUUGAGUUCAAUAAUUGUCUUGCCCAGUAGUAAUAUUAUUUCUUUACAGUACAUGCCAACGAUUAUUCAAGAACAUGUUAACUGAUCACUUCGGUUAACUUACCGACCAGUGUAGUAAAUGACAAACAAAGUUCAGUUUUUCUUCUUAGCUUUACUCCAAGUUUGAGCCUAUGCACUGUGUAAAAACUACUUAAGACAUACAGUCAGUGUAUGCAAGUUGAGACAGAGGAAUUGGACCAUAAGUCAGCCAAAUGGCCCCAGGUUAUAAUGCACCUUUCCUAGCACUGUACUGUACACACUGUGUCUGCCAUCAGACUAGAACAGUAUUUUCAAUAUAAGCAUUCCAUUUGAAUGCCCACUCAGAAAAUUAAUCAAAUUGAACUAAUAUUUUUUCAUGUGUCAUUGUAGACAAGUGUAAUGGCAGUUUUUGGCAGUUAGCAUAACUUAGAUUGUACAAAGCUUUUUUAGCCUAUCAUCUAAACCUGAUAAAGAAUAGACCUCUUUGGCUUGUAUGUUUUGUUCUCCCAAUAGAGGUCCCAGGGAAACUGACUCUUUGUCUUUUCAUAAAUUAUGUGUACAUAUGCACAUGAAAAAGGUG